AAAUUCAGUAUGGAAUAUUCAAGAUAUGCACCUACAACACUGGAAGCUCAAGAUCGAGUACAAGCAGAGUGGAGGCAGUUGCAUGGAACUGCUGAUCCGAAUGAGAAGGGAAAGAAGAAGAAGAAGUAG